GACUGCUCAAUUGAAAUCAAACACAGGCCUAGAAAUUCUGAUCUUCUGCAUUACCUUGCUUGCCAGACGUUCCUUCUGACUUACUGAAAAUGGCUGAAACUCAAUACAAACCUCCUGGACUGGAAGCGUGGGAUGUGGUGAUAGUCGUCCUGUACUUUAUUGUUAUUCUUGGCGUUGGAUUAUACGUGAGUAGCUCAUGACAUUUUGUUAAUAAUUCAGCUGAGCGAGAAAUAACCUGCUUGGCUUGUUUUUCUUUCUAUUUUGAAAAUAGAGUGGGAAAUUGCUGGCUAUUGAGUGCGUACAUAAUUAUAUUAAAACACAUGUACAUAGUAAAAGUGUUUGUUUGGGGUGCGGAAGUUCUAAUCUCGUGCCGAUUGUUGUUGAGGAUUUUAUACAUUAAAGGCAGUUAGCUCUUGCACGACGGUUUUGCAACAAGUGCAAACUGCAUUCUUGUAGGGAAACGAGGUAAAUAAUUUUAAGAAGUGCACCCAAAACUAUCUCAAGACGGUAAAAAGAAUUCAAGGUUAGGGACAGGGAUAGAUAUUUUUUGAAAGCAUUCACCACUUCACAUCGCUUGCUUGCUCUAUCGCGUAGCAUAAUUAUGCGGAAUAAUUUUGUAAUCCGAUAGCGAAUCGCGCGCGCCACGUUGAAAAAUAGCUUGCACCUCGAUCGCGAAUCUAGUCCUUGCUUGUUUCAAAUUUGAUCAAGCAAGCCUGGGAUUACUUAUGUGCUUAUGGUCUUGAGCGAGCUUCAUGAAUAUUAAGCAAUCGUGUUUUCACAAAUUGACCAAUCAGAAAACAGGUUUUUUAGCCUGAUCUUUGCGGAGGGCUCAAACAUUUUACAAUUUUCUCAGUUUUGGCCCAGAAUUUUGUUAGUAGUCUUGUGGGUUUGUGCUUUGUGAUGUUAAAAUAAAAAUAUAUAUUAUCCCCAGUUUCUUGAAAAUACUCAUUAAAGGCCUUGGCAAUAUCAGGAAGAUUACCUCCAAAAAGACCCAAACAACCCUAAAAGCUUCAUGGGGCAGAGAGGAGUUAUGUUUGAUCUUUAUGAAAUUCAGUGAUGUUUCACUCCUGUGAUUGAAGGGCUACUUUAAGUUGAAGAUUUCACCACUAACUGAUUUUCGCGUACAUGGAAUUUAUUUUGCACUUGUAGUAAUAGAAGAAGUCGACUGAAAAGUUAAAUUAAUACUAUGAAGAAAGGUCAUUACACAUAUCAAUUUGGGCUGAAGUGACAGGCAAAUAUUAUACUCACAAUUUAUGUUCCAUAUGCGGCUAUAGUAAGCUUCAAUGUGUGAUCGGUGGUGACACUUUUGAAAUGUAACUUGCGUGACGAACUUCUAGCUUUUUAAAUAACUAGUCACCCAAUCUAUUUUUCCUGCGUCGUUCUAGGGUAAUUAAAUAUUCACAAAAAAUAAACAUACGGCUUGAAAAAUGCAAAUCAUCUACUAUAAAACACUUUCAUUGUAAAGUGCUAUCUGAAGAAACAUCACACUUCAGUAAUUAUUUUAUCACUUAGAAUAUUUUUCAAUCCAAAAGGGGCACAAUUCAAAAGAGAAAAAUGCUCAAAACCUCUUUGAAGUUGUUUUUAUUACUUAAGGCUUGAACUGAUGACCCGAAGUGCAAAAAAUGUAUUUGAUAAUUACCCCACUUUAUAUGCAAUACAUGAGACAUCUGAUCAUGCAUGUUUAAUUGAUUAAAAAUGUAAGAAAUUUACAGCUCUUUACAAGAAGACCAGAGUUGGCUUUCAACUCUUUUUUUGAUUCUACUUCUGCUGGCAUCUAACUUGGUUGAAUACUCCAGAACUCAUGCUCUUAUUUAGAACAUGCUUUGGUGCUGAGUUGUUGCUUGCUUAUGCAAAUGUAUAUAAGUAGUUAGCCUCUCUGCCCUGGACCUGUAAAUCUAGUGACAUCACAUGCUUUAGGAAUACUUAUUAAUAUGAGUUGAGCAUUGACAUGUUGCUCUAAGGUGAACAAUAUAGCCAAAAUUAUAAUAAAAAAUCUCUCUCACAAAAAAAAUAUUUUUAUGGCCUCAAAUAGUUAAGUUUUUCAUAUUAGUAAAAUAUUAAACCAAUAAUUUGUUAUUGUUAAACUGGCUGAUUUUAUUACCCUUGAUUGGUCUGGUCAAAGAAACAAAAUGAAAUAAAAUUACUUUGUAGCCUGAGUGGGGUUUUGUGUGAUAGUAGGGCAUAAAUUUGGAGUUUUAAUAAUUUAUUGUCUUUGAAAAAUGUGCUACUUAGAAACCAGAGCACCUGAACCAUCAUGUUUGCAAAUUCCAUUGCCACGACAUUUUCAAACAAGCAAAAAGCAUUUAAGAUUAAAUGCAAAUUUAAUAAUUUGAACGGUUCAAUUCGAUGUGUAUGUUGAGCCAAUGUAACAGAACAAUAAUGUUUUGCCACAAGUGUCAGUAAAGAAUAAUCAAGGUUAAAUUUGGAUCAGAAAUACCUGGCCAGACUAAUUUUUCACCAGUCAAAACCUCAAAUUUGGCAGACAACUUUCCAGUAGGACCAACUGUUAUAUACAGCCUUAUGCUUACUCGAUGUAGAUAUUUGUGACGUCCAACCUAAUCCCAAUGGGCAGGAUCAUGCAAAAAAAAUGUGACCGCCUUGUGAUAUACUUGUCCUAGCUAUAUUAGCAAUUCAGUUAGCAUUAGGUCCUGUUCUACUCCUUUACAUAUUCAUUAGUAUCAAAUUACAGUACUGUUUUAGAAUGUCCCGCAUGUAAGGGGCGCAUGCUAGCAACUUUAGGCAAUAGAUCAUUUUAUGCUGCGGCUCCUAGAUCAAUUUGUGGAACAGCCUCCCUGUGCAUGUCCUUGAAAUUGAAUCACUGCCAGAGGACACAUCUUUUUAAAUUAGCUUUUGCAUAGUUUUAAAUAUAUAAUUAUUUUAUUUUCAUUUUAUUUAUGUAUUUUUAUUAGCAUUUUUUGUUUUAUUGGUUUUAUCUAUCAUAGAUUUAUUUUUAUAAAUUUUAGGUAUAAGAUCUGCUAUAAACCCUAAGUUAAUAUUAUUCAAAAGCGCGAUAUUACCAUUCCUCACGUACUGUCACCUAGUGUGGCAUUUUUGUAAAGCGAGUGACACUCGAAAGCUUGAAAGACUACAAGAAAGAGGACUUAGAGCGGUUUUCAAGGAUAAUAAUUCUAGUUAUGAACAACUAUUAGAGAAGGCAGAUCUGCCAACACUGCUAAAUAGUCGCUUACAGGAUCUGUGCAUCCUUAUGUAUAAAGUAAAGCAUAAACUGUGCCCUGCAUAUAUAAGUAACAUCUUUAAAGAACCAAAUAGUAAUUACAAUCUGCGGCAAGCAGAUUUCUCUAUACCUAGGUAUGAGACAGUCACCUAUGGCAAGCACUCUAUUAGAUAUCUAGGGCCUACUGGCUAUGGACAAAACUACCCAAGAGUAUCAGGGACGUCACAACCCUAACGUCGUUUAAAAGCAAGAUACGCCAACUCAAUAUAAGUGAACUUUUAGAUGAUGGCUGCGCAGGCUGUAGCCUUUGUUCAUUUUGACUUCUGUAUAUUUUUACUAUAAAUCUCUUAAUUAGUUAACUAUAGAUAUUUUACCUACUACUGUAUAUAGUUUUUAGUUUGUAUAUUCUCCCCUAAUUGGUGUCCCCAAAUUAGUAAGGGAUUUGUUCCCUGGCUAGACGGCUUUUGACACUUUAAUAAAGUUUCUAUCUAUCUAUCUAUCUAUCUAUCUAUCUAUCUAUCUAUCUAUCUAUCUAUAAACCCUUCCAUUUGAAAAAUUUAUUUGUCAAGUUAUAAAGAAUUUUGCAAAUAGAAAUUACACAGGUCUAUUAAGGGAGAGCUGAGCUUUCAGAAAAUUGAUUUCCAAGGUGUCAAUUUUCACAGCUAGGGUGUGCUUUCCGAUUUAUAUUGCAGGCGCAAAAAUUGCAUAUUUCUGGCUUUCCCUCAAUAACUGAAGGAAUAAAAAAAAAUGGAAUUGACUAUUAUACUUAGAUUGUUCAUUUACCUUUAACCCAUUCACCCCUGCAAUUUUUGCCGAAAAAUGUGUUUUCAAGUGAAUGGAGCGGUUUUGUGGUCACUCGAGUGCCAUAAAGAUAGAUCUAAAACUUACCGGAAAGCCAUUUCCGGGUUGUACUUUGUGGCCUUCUGAUCCAGAUGUAAAUUAUCAUUUUGCGAAGUUCAGUCAUGCGCAGCAAGAAACAUUUUUUGGUUUAAAAGUGACACAGCAGUCUCCUGGACUUUUCCUUUUACAGGCCAUGUUCAAAUCAAAUCGCGGAACCGUCAGUGGUUAUUUCUUGGCAGGCAGAUUUAUGACAUUUCUUCCGGUAAGUAGUGAGAUGCUUCUUUGAUAAAAGUAGCCAGUCAGUGACUGCAUAAUGUCUAAAGAUAAUGGUCUCUUAAUUAGAAACAAGACAAAGAUUGAGCCUCAAGAAGUGUAUCAUUUUUUAGCAGUAAUUUCUUAUCUCUGGCUAUAAUUGAAGUAUGAUGAUUAAAAAGGCCGAGUUUAAGCAGAUCUCAGUUCUUUGCUGGGAAGCUGCAAUGAAAACAAUGCCUGAAGCGAUAAUAAAGAAAGCUGACUUCUUAUUUAAUAGCCAGAUGUUUACAACCACCAAGUUAUAAACUUGUUUAAAUAAAAUUUUUGUAGUCAUCAAUAUUAAUUUUUUUCAGUAGUUUUCAAUCCAUGUACUGAAUCAUUAUUAAGGAUUUUAAGCAACUUUGUUGAAAAGGAUAAGAUUAUUAAUUAUUUUUUAUAUUAGAGGCAGGUUAUUUUCACAGGUUGGUGCUUCCCUUUUUGCCAGUAAUAUUGGGAGUGAGCAUUUUAUUGGUCUGGCAGGCUCAGGAGCUGCUGCAGGAAUUGGUGUUGGAGCAUUUGAAUUCAAUGUGAGUGUUGAUGCACGUAAAUAAAACUCUGUAAAAUUUUAUUAUCAUGUAUCAUAGGCUUACCAUACUUUGUGUGUAAGCUGUGGCCUUGCAAUUUCCUUAUAUAUUAAUUUAAGGAUUUUUGUAAUUUGUUAAGUGGAGUACAUUUUUAGAUUCCUUACACAGUA